AUGGAUUCGUUUAUGUUCAGCUUCAGCUAUCCCAACGGUGAACCUCAAACUCCGACGAGGACUCCGAACACCUUCGACUCGUUUCACACCCCAAAACUUGAAUCCAGCUUCUUUGACCCCCGGGUGACCUGGGAUACCUCCGACCCAUAUGCCUCCAGCCCAGAGCUUCUUCGCACACCACAGAAGUUUGGUCUAGGCUCGUCGAAUCCACUGAAAAGUCACAAUGGGGAGACUACCGGUUACAGGGGGAGGACAGCGGACCAGACCGACACGGCCAGACGAAUUCGCUCGGUGAAGCCUCUGCCGAGUAUGAGCGAGGAUUAUCCUCGGACAGUGGGAUCGGCCAAGUCAGCAGCCUCGAUGCAAACCCCGCCGCCGACAAGUGCAUCAAGGCGAAAAAUCCCCGAGAUUGACCAGCCCGAUGGACAUACACUCGGUGCAACACCAGGCAUGGGAGAUCAUUUGGAAACACCUAGUCGUCUUCUCAGAGCAUCCCCUCGAAUGUUUGGCAACCUUCAAUCGUCACCCGAUCUUUUUCAGCUGGCUUCAUUGGAUCCCACGGGCUCGCCUUUCUUCCCACAGCAACGAUUAUUCUGGGAUCAUGAUCUAGAUAAUACAGCGAGUGAAAUUCCUUUGCCCAGCAAUGGGGACCAUUUCAAUCACCGUCAGACUUCCGCCUUUACAAACACACAUCACAUCCCCCAAUUACCAGCCACUGGAGGCUCAAUUGAUCUUCCCGACUAUGGUAACUGUUUUGGAAUUUCGGUACCACAGCCCACUGAUGCCGCCCUAUUUCCUGCGCCAUUCUCUACCUCUCCCCGGCUCCCAGUCACCAAGGCUGAGGAUCCAGCUCUGUUCCUUAGCUCCCCUGCUCGGAGAUUCGGGGGCCCUCAACUUACACCAGGCAAACGGUCUCUUCGUGGCAUUCGACAGCCAUAUCACCACCAGGCAGAAGAGUCAAGGCGGGAGGAGCUUAUCCGUGCACAGGCACCAAAUGGCCAGCGAUACGAUCCUUUUACUGUCUUCCCAAGCGAGAGCGAAGAGGAAGAUGAGGACUACACACCGAGGGGAAUACGGCCAGUCCUAACCCGUAGCGUGACCCACAACGGUCUACCUAACUUGUCCCGGCCGCUCAGUCAAGCCGGGGGUUUGAUGGCAUCCACCAGCGGAAUCCGAAAGAGCCCAUGUAAAGGGCGUUCGUCUCCAGCAAAACCCAUGCGUACAGCCCCCUUGACGCGAUCUACUUCGACAGCCACUGGAUCCUUGGCGCGUUCAUCGUCUGUAGUGCUACGUAUCGGUCGAGAUGGCCGUGCAAAGGCUGAAAUGGAACCCGCCAGUGAGGCUCCCACAGGAUUAACCGAUCCCCUGACUGGAAUUGAUCUAGAUGGCUCUACAACCGAGAGCGAAUCAGACCUGGCCGAGUUCUCGGAGUAUCCCGUCCUACGUCGUGCUCAGUCGUCCUUUUCACUUUAUGACGGCUCAAGGCGUCCAUUAUCCCGAAGUGACUCGGACUCCCGGCCUCCUUCAAAGGGUUCUUAUGCUUCCACCGUCGGCUCAUCACACUCAGGUCGGCUGUCACCCUGGGCUGGCUCUUCUAGGGGAAGCGGACGCGCAACGUAUCGAGGAUCUCCUGAUAUUAAGCGAACACCCAAACGGCAUUCGUCUCUGCUGCACUCGGACUCGACCUAUACUCGGAGUAGCGUAGCAUCGGACUUGCUGCCCGGGGAAGAUGGCGAAAGUGGUGAUGCUCAAUCUGCCCUCCGACAGGUUCUUAAAGAACGCGGCCGGGGACCAAGACCCUCCACAAACGUGCUCAACAAUCGACUUUCUCGAUCAUCACACACCUUUACUCAUCUCCGCUCAUCACCACCCCGCCUAGGCAGUGAUUUUGAUAUACAUCCCCGUCACAAUGCUUCUCCCACGACCUUGACCGACCCUGAUCUUGCAACCCCCAGUACAGACCGUCACAGCAACCCCAGUAACGGCACACGAUGUGUCUGCCGCUCGAUGGAUAACGGUGGCCAUCUCAUGAUUCAAUGUGAAUCGUGUACACACUGGCUGCAUACCAGAUGCGUUGGAUUGGAGCGUGCAAACCUGCCCUCAGUCUAUGUCUGCGUCUUUUGUGCUCAAACAACACCAUCCCGGCAAAAUCGUGCUCGAACAUCUUAUGUUCCCACUGGACAAGCCCCUCCCUCUCCCUUAGCCCACAAGUCAUUCCGCUUCCGUCGGGAUCUUCCUGCGUCGCAAUAUGACCUGAAAACCUAUUGGGGUCGCGUGCGCCAUGCCGCCGACAUUUCUGAUCCUCGCACCCUUUUCGUCUCGUCCGCCGGCCUUGAAAGCGCCAAGAACCUCAUUGCUUCUUACAAGCAGAACCGCAUCCCGGCCAUGACACCAGAGUUGUGGUCGGCGAAGAAGGUGGUCGAUGCAACAUUGCACCCUGAUACCGGAACUCCCGUUUUCCUGCCCUUCCGCAUGUCGGCCUACGUGCUCUCCAACUUGGUCGUCACAGCAGGCAUGUUGACCCCAGGGUUGCAGACAACCGGAACCGUUCUCUGGCAAAUUGGUAACCAGUCCCUCAACGUUGCCAUCAACAACGCAAACGCAAACAAAUCUACCCCCCUCUCCUUAUCGCAAAUCGGCAAGUCCUACCUUAUGGCUGUCUCAGCCUCCUGCUCCGUCGCUGUCGGGCUGAACGCUCUCGUCCCCCGCCUCAAGGGAAUCUCCCCAAAUACCCGCCUCAUCCUCUCUCGUCUUGUCCCCUUCGCCGCCGUCGCCAGCGCCUCAGCCCUAAACGUCUUCCUCAUGCGCGGCGAGGAAAUCCGUCAGGGUAUUGACAUCUACCCCGUCCUUUCAGAUGCUGAGCGUGCUAAACGUGAGCUCAAUGAGGACGCCGAGCCAGUCCAGAGUCUCGGCAAGAGUAAGAAGGCUGCUACAAUUGCCGUCGGCGAGACGGCUAUCUCCCGUGUCCUGAACGCUACGCCUAUCAUGGUCCUACCGCCGCUGAUCCUCGUUCGUCUUGAGAAGACGAACUGGCUGCGUGCCCGCCCCCACAUGGUCACGCCUGUUAACUUGGCAUUGAUUCUGGGUACUUCCCUUUUUGCGCUGCCGCUUGCGCUCGCUGCGUUCCCGUCUCGCCAGGCUAUCAGUGUUGAUAGCCUUGAGGAGGAGUUCAAGGGUCGUGGUGGUGAUCUGGGCAUGGUGGAGUUCAAUCGCGGAAUGUAA